AUGAGACCCCCAAUUCAGAAGGAAGUCAACAAGGCCAUUCUACACAUGUUCAAUGCCAUAAUGAAGGACACAUUUCCCAUAAUGGGACUUGUAACUUUACUGAGAUCCUUUGUGUCCAAACUAAAGUCAGUGGUGUCCCUGCAGCUUGGAAUUCCAGUCAGUUCCUUCAGACUGUCCACCAGAAGCAGCCUUCAUCUCUAUGACUGUAACCUGCUCAGGGACUAUGCUGUGCAAGCUAAUAAACUGCAUCUACCUUCCAGCAUGUACUGUCAAACCUCUGCAGCUGAACCAGAAUGCAGCAGCGAGAUUUCAAAACUUUACACUACUGUCAACUGUCCUUGGUGCUCUCUACCAAUGCACAUCUAUCUUCAGAACAAGACAUGGAUACACAAAGUUCAAGCAAGAUGA